UGACACACGUUGUCAGAAACACAGCAGCAGCAGGAGCAGUCAGCUAUUCCUGGACCUGAUGUCUUCUACUCAGGGCCGAGCGAGGAGCAGAGCCUCGUGUCACGCUCAUUUCUUUUCCCGCGUUACCGAUAUUAGAUCCGGAUAUUAAUCAAACACAGGGGGCUUCCACCCUGAGCGCUGCGGUCAUCCGGAUCUUCAGCUGUGGUGGGACGCUUCCCACCCUGAUAAACAUGUCAUCUUCAUAUGCCGCCGCCAUAUCGACCCUUCUCUCUGCCAGCUCUUCCAAUCCACCCGACAAACCGAGCCCUCACCCCUCCCCGGACACGGCAGGGACCCCCACACCUUCCCCCGCGUCCCACUGCCCUCCAGCCGUAGAGACACGUCCUCAUCCACGUGAGCCUCUGGGGUUUUAUGAGGAGCAGGAGGAGAACCCUGCAGACUAUGGCAUUGGCGGAUACUACCCCGUAGAGAUCGGAGAGGUAUUCGUUGACCGUUAUCAAGUGGUUCAAAAGUUGGGAUGGGGUCACUUCUCUACUGUAUGGCUCUGCUGGGAUAUGCUGAAGGGGCGUUUUGUAGCUCUGAAGGUGGUGAAGAGUGCUCAAAUGUUUACAGAGACGGCGCAGGAUGAGAUCAAACUUCUGAAAUGUGUAAGAGACAGUGACCCCAGAGAUCCUAAACGUGAGACAAUUGUGCACCUUAUUGAUGACUUCAGGAUCGCUGGAGCGAAUGGAGACCAUGUGUGCAUGGUUCUGGAGGUGCUGGGCCACCAGCUGCUCAGGUGGAUCAUCAAAUCCAAAUACUCAGGCCUCCCUCUGGCCUGCGUCAGGAGCAUCCUCACACAGGUUCUGCAGGGUUUAGAUUACUUGCACACCAAAUGCAAGAUUAUCCACACCGACAUCAAGCCAGAGAACAUCCUCCUGAGAGUGGAUGAUGUUUAUGUUCAGAAGCUGGCAGCCAACACCAAGCUGUGGCAGCUGCCGGCGUCUCCUGCCUUCACCAGCUCCACAGAGCACAGAAGCUCCAGAGAGAAACAGAGUUUGUCCAAGUUUUUGGGGAAGCUGAGCGGGGUUCUCCACACUCUCGGGGAGUGGUCCAGCAAGAGCCCCAUCAAGCGACUGACAAGAAAAGACAGGGGUCGACGAGGACAGGACCAGAAUCAGAAAGACAAACUUCAUAUGUCCUUCUCUGAUGCUGCUCCAUCUAGCACACGUAGCUCGACCUGUCGGGCUACGCUCACAGGUCCCGACCUCAGGUUAAGGAGGCAGACGCUGCUGUUGGAAGACGGACCGGACUGGCCUCCACACAGCCCCACAGACUCCAUCUGUUCUCCCCUCAACACAGAUGCUCCCGUCUGCGGCUCUAGAUUGGCGUUAUUGCAUCAGACUGCAGACAAAGAGCGGUCUGCUCCUUCACCAUCGUCUCCCCGUGGUAUCAGUGACUCAGAUGUACCUCUGGACCUACUAAAACCCCAGAAUGCUGAUAAAAUCCUCAUCAAGAUUGCGGACUUGGGCAACGCCUGCUGGGUGCACAAACACUUUACAGAAGACAUCCAGACUUGUCAGUACCGCUCUGUGGAGGUUCUGAUAGGAGCUCACUACGACACAGCGGCUGACAUCUGGAGCACCGCCUGCAUGGCUUUUGAGCUGGCCACAGGAGACUAUCUGUUCGACCCCCAAUCAGGAGCCUCAUUCAGCCGCGAGGAAGAUCACAUCGCCCACAUCAUUGAGCUGCUGGGAUCCCUUCCAUCCCAGUUCGCCGUGUCGGGGAGAAACUCCAAACGGUACUUCAACCAUAAAGGACAACUGCGACACAUCUCUAAGCUGAAGCCGUGGAGCUUGUUUGAGAUCCUGCUGGAGAAGUACGGGUGGCCGCGAGAGGAAGCCUCCAAGUUCAGCUCGUUCCUUCUGACCAUGUUGGAGCUCCUGCCGGAGGAAAGAGCCACAGCUGCCCAGUGUCUGAAACACCCCUGGAUAACCUCUGCACCUCUCCUGUCUUCUCCAGAGCCCAGUGGGCUAUAGCUCCCUGAUCGGGGAAGAGAGGGGAUAUCCGACCGCUGUGGGACACAGUGCUGGUAUCAUGAGAUAAUAGAUAUUUGUGUUUCAGUAUUUUAUGGCAGUUACAUCCAAUUCAGGCUUUGCAAUGACCAAAGAGACGUUUUGUCUUCCUGGUAAUUACUGGCAAUAAAUUGACAUAUGAUUGCUUUUU